GCCAUUAUUAUAUCAAGUACGAAUGACUUAACUUAGUCAGGUUAAUAUAGUGAGGUUGAUUCUGUCACUAUUUUUUGAUCUGAUAUAAUACCGUUGUUAUAUACUGUAGUAUGGUCUUACUGGUGGUCCGCUAUUAAAGUUGUUAUUAUCUGACUUCAUCUUGGCUAAAUGUGUAUAUGUAGAUGCCCUUUGACCCGCCCUUAACCCUUUAGUUAUUAUUAACUCCGCUGUCUUUGGGACAGGAAUCAGCUGUCUGCACACAUACACCGUCCUAAUAAAGUCAGAGGGAGUCCGAGGCUGUAUUUACUGCGGAUGAACAUGGAGCGAAACGCUGUGAAAACCAUCCCAUCAGAGUGCUGAGCUGUCACCCAGGCCUCGAAGAGAAGUUUUACUGGAGCCGCUCACUGUAACACAGCCUGUGAGCUUUAAUAUUCCUCACUGAUCUGCUCUUCUCGCGCCGUGCUGAAGAGGGUGGCGUUUCUUGUCACGUUCCAGCUGGAAAUAGCUGCUUUUUUCCCGUCUGAGCUUUCAGCGAUUAUCUCAGACACCUGAAUAUGAAGCUGCUUGUGCCAUUAGCCACAGAAGAGCGUGUCAAAGCAUGUCCAUAUAAACAGCAGUUCAGCUGAAGAUGUGGACGGGGCUGGAUGUAGUUUGUAGCUAGUUUCCUCUGAGAUUCGAGCUGUGAAUGGAGAUCCUGUUGCAUCAGUCUGAUUUUCUGAUUUCUUGUGAGGUGUCGCUUUUGAAACGUCAGGAAUAUAACGGUUUUCCUGGUGACGGCUGUAAACAAAGCAGCUGCAAACUUUAUCAGGCAUUACAGGAGAAGCAUAGGACUGAGAUCCUCCCUCAGCCUCAGAAACCGGACUCGUCUCAUCUCUGAACUGUGAAGAUGAGUGAAAACCCUCUGAUGAAGCACGAGCUGCAGUCUCUGGCUCCUGUCUCGGGCCCCGGGGCCUCGGCGGGGCUCCUGCUGGCUCCGGACAUAGAGCAGAUCACGGCUCUGUGUUUCGUGGGACUCCUGCUGCUGUUUUUGGUGUUUCUGCUGGUGCGCUGUUUCCGGAUUCUCCUGGAUCCCUACAGCAGCAUGCCGUCCUCAUCCUGGUCUGAUCCUAAAGACGGUCUGGAGCGGGGACAGUUCGAUUACGCGCUGGUCUAGAAAUACAGCAGUCUCACAAAACCUGUCAAGAACAUAUUUAACCUCAGAAUCUAAAAGGUCAUAAAAAAAUAAAAAAUAAAAAUAUUAUAACAAUAACAUAGUUAUUUAAUACAUUAUUAUAUAUAAUUAUGUACAAUAUCAUAUUUUUUAUUUUAAUAUAAUAUUUUCAUUGUUUGCAUAAUAUUUCCAUCCCGAAAUAUUCACCAAUGGAAUGUGUAAAAUAAUAUUUUAUUAAUUAUUUAAUACAAUUAAAUAUAUUUAAUAUUAUUGUAGUUUAUUAUAUUUUAUUUUAAUAUUAUAUUUUUCAAAACUUCCAUUAGUGGAAUGCACAAAAUAAUGUUUUUAUUAAAUGGUUAAAUAUCUAUUUGACAGUUAUGCCUUUAAUAAUAAUAAUAAUAAUAAAGAGAGAGAGAGAAAUGUAUUUGCUUAGUUAUACCAAAUGGACUACUGAAAAAUUGUGUUCAGUGUCUUUAUGCAAAAUCUUUGUGUGUGUGUGUGUGUGUGUGUGUGUGUGUCCUUAAGAUUUUGGGAUGAAAAUAUGACCUUGACUUGUUUUUGAGAUUUAACCACAAAACUAGUAUCAGUACAAUAUUGUUGAGAUUUAAGUCUAUAAAACCAGGUUUCCUUGUUUAUUUUAGUUCAAGCCACAUUCAUUUCAGUUCUGUUUACAAUCUUAAUUUCUACUUCAGUCAAUUAUGUGGAUGAAUCAGGCAUGUGUAUUUAUUAACAAACUUCCUUAUUUUUAUUGUAAAUUUCUAUUCGUCUUUAUACUGUGCAUGUGAACUGGUUGGAUGAUAUUUAUUAAUAUUAUUUUUAAAUGUUUUGCAUUGCAUUGUGUUAUGCGUUUGUCCACAGUUUUGUCAGUGAUAACUGGAGCAAGUGUGCCUUGAUUUAUUUUCGUACCAGAGACUAUUGUCUGUCUGUAUUGAUUUUGUUGUGAUGUUUACAGUCGGUUUGGGAUUAGUAGGUGCUUUUUUAUAUUGAAAGGGCAAAACUAUACAAACAGGGAUUUCUCUGUAAAUGUUUCUUACUCUGGACUGGUUUUUAGCAAGGAAAUAUUUACUCAAUAAAGGAUUUUUUCUCUCA